AUGAGCGCUGAGCGGGUUGCAGUAACGCUACUCAUGUGGGUUCUUGUCGCCCUCUUGGUCUCUACCAUUUUUCUUGCGGCGGUGGGUUAUCGAAUGCGUGAGAGCCAGAACCACUUCUUAUACUUCCCCAACGUACCAGCGGGUAGCACGUUUGUUUGUGACAGCCCCCUGGAGAGGGGAUAUAGGAACUCAGAGCAGGUGCAUAUACGCACGGCGGACGGUCUAACUUUGCGCGGAUUUAUUAUGUGGCCACCAAUGGAGUUGCAAGAGAGGCCACGGCAGCAGCAUGACAUGGAGGAGAGAAUGGGAUAUAUGCUACGAGUUCCACCUCUAUCAGCAGCUUCGGACCGCAGUAAUCCGAAUCCCCCCUUCUUGGAGCGUCUUGAGGGGUCCGGUACCGGAUCUGCACAUCCGCAGUGCUCAAUUUUGUAUUUUCACGGUAACGCGGGUAACGUCGGCCACCGCAUACCCAUCGCGGCCAUGUUAUCCACCAAAUGCCGAUGUGCGGUACUCAUGGUAGACUAUAGGGGAUAUGGUCAGAGUGACUCGGUAUCCCCAACACAAGAGGGUGUUAUGUUGGAUGCGCAGGCAUGCUUGGAUUAUUUGCUUUGUCAUCCACACAUUCCAGCUGACCGUAUUUUCGUUAUGGGGACUAGUCUGGGUGGUGCAGUUGCUAUUCAUUUGGCUGCUGAACCCCACAACGCGAAGCAUAUCGCAGGCGUCAUAGUGGAAAAUACAUUUACUUCCAUUGGCGAUAUGGCCUCCGAGAUGGUGAGGCACGCACUUAACGGUGCUCAACCAUGUUUCUCGUUCUUGCUGUUAUCCUUGUUCGAAUACUAUGUUAAGCCGCUUUGCCUCCAUAUUAAGUGGCGCAGUAUUGACGCCGUGCAGAAGAUAUGUGCACCGAUGCUGUUUCUCUCUGGUCUGAAGGACAAUGUGGUACCUCCGCUGCAGAUGAAGAAAUUAUACUCCAAGACUUUCAGCACAAGAAGUCGUAGGUUUGUCGAAUAUCCUGAAGGGGACCACAACACCCUUCCGCUUAUUCCCGGGUACGGAGAGACGGUUAAUGCCUUCAUACAAGAUGUGCUUCGCCAUAGAGAACAGCUAAUUUAG